CUCUCCCCCACCUCUGCAACGGACAGUCUCUCUCUCUCUCUCUCUGCGAGCGCUCAUCAUUCCUUCUUCACUCAUAACCUCCAUCUUCCUUUGAUUCCUCUGGGCUGAAACGAGGGGAAGGGAAGCUCGCAUUUUGCCGCAUAACCCAUCUCGGAAGUCUCUCCGCGGCUGUGAAGGUUGAAUCUUUCUGCUGGUCCGAAGAUGUUUCGCCUGAGCAACAACCUCGUCGGGAUCCUCAACUUCGUGACGUUCCUGCUGUCGGUGCCCAUCCUCGGGGCCGGGAUCUGGCUAGCCCGCAGGGCCAGCACCGACUGUGAGAAGUUCCUCGAGAAGCCGGUCAUCGCCCUCGGGGUCUUCCUCAUGGUGGUCUCCCUCGCCGGCCUCAUCGGGGCCUGCUGCGGCAUCUCCUGGCUCCUCUGGGUCUACCUCCUCGUCAUGUUCCUCCUCAUCGUCCUGCUUUUCGGCUUCACCAUCUUCGCCUUCGUCGUCACCAACGAGGGCGCCGGGAAGGUCCUCUCCGACAAGGGGUACAAGGAGUACAGGCUUGGCGACUACUCCAACUGGCUCCAGAAGAGGGUUAACAACACCAAGAACUGGAACAAGAUUAAGAGCUGCCUCAUCGACAGCAAGGUCUGCUCCAGCCUCGCCGACAAGACCGCCAACGACACCCUCGAGCAGUUCUACAGCGAGCACCUCUCCGCAGUUCAGUCGGGAUGCUGCAAGCCGUCGGACGACUGCGGCUUCAAUUACGUGAGCCCGAUCGUGUGGAACGCGACCACGGACACGACGACCUUUAACAACUCGGACUGCACCCUGUGGAACAACAACCCGGACGUGCUCUGUUACAACUGCCAAUCUUGCAAGGCCGGCUUCCUCGACAACAUCAAGAGCGAUUGGAAGAAGGUAGCCAUCAUUAACAUCAUCUUCCUGGUCUUCCUCAUCAUCGUGUACUCCGUGGGCUGCUGCGCCUUCAGGAACAACCGAGAGGAUAACGCCUUCUGGAAGAGGCGGCCCCACCCGUGAGAGCUAGAUGGACGGGCUUGGUUCGGGAUGAAGUAGGUCGUGUAGGGUUAGCUGAUGAUUACUGAUUAGCAGCUAUUUGGUUUAUGCUUCUUGUAUAGGAUUCUCUAUGCUUACACUCGGAGUAUUGUUAGGAUUUCCUAUGUUGCUAUGGCAUCAUAUUACUGAAUGCUCGACUUGGAGCUUAGCUUACUAUAUGUUGUUUUGAGUACAUAUACGAUCUCGUUCUACUUCAUUGCUUCAUGAUAGAUUGCUCUUGGUUGCCUUUUAAGCAAAAUCCAGAUUCUUCGAGAUCGUUGGCGAAAAUGGGUGGUUCUUGGGAAUGGUAGAUGCGCUGUGAUGACUCCUAUUUCAUCUACUUUUCCUAAUAUCAAUCAAUGCUCCUGUCCCUCUGGUUUUCUGCA